CUGAUGUUGACAUUUUAAGCAUGACUAAUACAAAUGUCUCAAAACAGUCAACAAAGAAAAACAUUUUGUUAAUUUUUAUUCACUAUUUAGGACAUUAAUAAAAGCAAUGCUAUUAUUAUUAAUAGUACAAUUAAGAAUAUUACUGUGCUUACAAUAAAUUUAAAAAAAUUGUAGACUGAUCUGAAUUAGAUCAUCAAUAUGGAUAUCCUGUUUACACAAAAUCCUCCCGAGGAUUUAGAAGAUAUUCCACAAACAGAAGAACCUGUUUGGAUUUUAGGAAAAAAAUAUAACGCAAUGAAAGAAUUGGACGCAAUUAGAAAAAAUAUUCAAUCUAAAUUGUGGUUCACAUAUCGAAAGAAUUUUGUACCGAUUGGCGGAUUUGGAUCAACAUUUACUUCAGAUAAAGGUUGGGGCUGUAUGUUACGAUGCGGUCAAAUGGUUCUUGGACAAGCUUUAAUUUCAUUACAUUUAGGGAAAAAUUGGGAAUGGACGCCAGAAACGAAAGAUAGUACGUACCUGAAAAUAUUAAGUCGUUUUGAAGACAGAAGGGCUGCGCCUUUUUCAAUUCAUCAAAUCGCUCUUACUGGAGCCUCUGAAGGAAAAGAGGUUGGCCAAUGGUUUGGACCUAACACUGUGGCACAAGUAUUAAAGAAAUUAAUUGUAUAUGACGAAUGGAGUUCUAUAACGAUACAUGUUGCACUCGACAAUACAUUAAUUAUCAACGAUGUCUUGAGGCAGUGCAAGGUCGAAGGAGCAACAACUGCGGAAGCGGAUGGUAACAUUCCGUUACGAGCUCCAAGUCAAUGGAAACCUCUUUUACUCCUAAUUCCACUGAGACUUGGUAUUAGCGAAAUUAAUCCAAUCUACAUAAAUGCCCUUAAAACCUCGUUUCAAUUUCCUCAAUCGAUGGGAGUAAUUGGAGGAAAGCCAAAUCUAGCUCUUUAUUUCAUAGGAUGUGUCGGUGAUGAAGUGAUAUUUUUAGAUCCUCACACAACGCAGAGAUCUGGAAAUGUCGAUCAAAAAUUAGACGAGAAUGAAAUUGAUCUUGAUACGACAUAUCAUUGUAAUGUCGCUAGUCGUGUUCACAUCACUGGAAUAGAUCCUUCAGUUGCACUUUGUUUUUUCUGCCAUACUGAAAGCGAAUUUAAAUCAUUGUGCACCUUAAUGCAAGAAAAAUUGAUCUCAUCGGAAAAACAGCCACUUUUCGAACUGUGCGAUGAGCAGACCGCUCAUUGGUCCCCAGCGGAAGAUGUGAUGGUUUCACAAGUUUUAGGAGCAGCAGCAGCAUCAAAUGUACUGGAAUUCGAAGACUUUAAUCGACAGUAUGAUACAUCGGACGAGGAAUUUGAACUUUUAGGAUAAUUAUAUAAAAUUUAUCAAAACACAUCAUCCCAGGUGCGAAUUUUUGGUCAGGAGUAUCUUUUGAAGAUUGGUUCAAUUCAACGUACUAAUGACUUGACCAAUCUUCAAAAUGAUGACGGUCGACCCAACAUUGGUGAUAAUUGUCGGCUCGAACUGGUUUUUGUAAUAAAAUUAUUUGAACGUUAUAUAAAAGAAAUUGUUUUAUAUGUAUUAUUUUACAUAUUGGUAUUUAUAUUGAAUUCAUAAUAUAUCCCCCUAUUUAUACUAAGUGCUUUCGUUAUUUAAAAGUAGCUAAAUCUUACGUAGAUCCAUGUGAGAGUUGGACAAGAGAAUUAUGAACUGAGAGAAAGAAAGAAAAGAAAUCUGACUGAGAAAACAAAAAAUGUAUUUCUGUAACUGUAUGUAAGAAAUAAUAAAAAUGAUAAUAUAAUAUUAA